CCACAGUGACGCGAUCACAAAAGUGUGCUGAGAGGCAGCCAGAGAGGAAGGAGCAACACACACAUGAACACACCGGGUCAGAGGACUGAUAACAGCAGCAGCUACCGUGGACGAGCAGCAGACAGAAAUUGACAAAUUCUUUUCACGGAGGAAGGAAGCUUUAUAUAUUAAUUCAUCAUUUCAUUUAUUUAUUUAUCUGUGGAGUAUUUACUAUUAUAUUAGUGACGAAAGAUGAACGGAGUGACGAGAAGUCUGUGCACAUUUGAGGACAUCAGAAACCAAGAACAUGGGGAGGGGUGCAGGCGACUGCGGCUCACACUGCACGACCAGCACCAGGCAGCUCGGAGCGCAGAGCAGCAGCACAGGGACAAGCCAAUCGGACGUGCGUUCGCACUUGUGCAGCCGGCUAGUGACAGGACAGCUCUGACCCAGGAACCAGUGAAAUCUACAGAGGAGCAGGUGGAGGUCAUCAAGGUGUAUCUAGAAGCCCGCAAACAAGAGCAGCAGAGACAUCAGCAGAGCCUGAAGAUGCUGUCAGAUGAAGUUUCACAGAUACAGGAGGUGAGAUAUUGCCUGAAGUCACUGAGGGAGCAAAUGGCAGCCAAAACCAAGCCGCACACAAACGGGUGGAGGGUCAGCACUCCGUUCAAAAAGAGUGUCUCAUCUGCCGCCAAGGGAGGAGCUAAAGCUGAGGAACAGGAAGCAGAUGAUGAAGCAGAGAGAACCAAACUGAGAGAAGUCAGUAAGCGCUUAUAUGCGCAGCUCCAAGAUGCAGAGAAGAAACACCAGGAGGAGAAAGACAGGCUGCAGGCUGAAGGCAGCAGGCUGAGGGAAUGUCUGAGCGAACAGGAAGAGAAGUUGAAGAGCACAGAAGAAGCCAGCGAGAAGAAAGACAAGCGCAUUGAAGAGCUCCAGAGGCUGCUGGGAGGGAUGGAGCAGGAGAGCUCCACCCUGAGGGAGGCUAUCCGCAACCGCGAGGAAGAACUCCGAGAACUACGCAAGAUCAGGGAGGAGGGCCACAAAGGAGAGCAGAGGACUGAGCAGUUGGAGAAGGAGGUGGCUAUACUCAAAGAAAAGAUCCACCAUCUGGACGACAUGCUGAAAUGCCAGCAGAGGAAAGUCAGACACAUGAUUGAACAGCUCCAGAACUCUCGCAUGGUGAUCCAGGAGCGGGACCGCGUGAUCAAAGAACUGGAGGAGAAAGUAGCUUUCUUAGAGGCUGAGAACCGAGAGAUGCAUGACCAGAUGGACUACUUCCUGGGAGGGCAACGGUCUAAUUCCUACCUUUCAUCAGAGCGUAACCCUCAGAUUGUCUACAGUAAACCAAUCAGGCCGUCCAACUCUUCUAACAAACCCCUCCCAUUCAUCAAAGUCAUCGAGAUCAAGUCAUGAAGCGACCAUGCAGAGAGAAGACAGUUAUUGGAGGGAAAAGCUCAGAACCACCAAACUGUUUUGAAUGCAGACUGAAACCAAACAGCGGCUCCACUGUACUACCAUUUGUUAUGAGCUUCUCGAAUGGCAACACUAACACUAAGCAUUUGCACCGUGUACACUCUUGAAGGAAACUGUGUGGUGUUUGUUGGCUCACACACACACACACACACACACACACACGCACACACACACUGGGGCUUGUUGUGUGUCUGUGCGCGUGCAUUUUGAAUGACUGUGUGUCAGCUUUAAUGUAGAUACAUUAAACAUACUGAUUCAGCUGAUGUGCAUUUUAAGUUUUGCAUGUAAUACUUCAUAUUGUAUGCAAGUGUUUUCUUGCCCUGCCCUGUUUUGAUUACUUUUUUGACCUUUGAGUUGAUAUUGUUAAAUCAAAACAGAACUGCUGUGUAAAGUGCAGGAUGGCAGACCUUUUGCCGUUAUGUUGUUAUCAAGUCCAUAUACAGAAAUGUAGCAUUAAAAUGGCUAACUACACUCUCAUGACAGAUCAGUUUCAUGUAAAAAAAAAUCAUUAACCAGAUGAUCUAAAUCCUGUGUUCUUGUACUCAUCAGUCACUCAUUCAUGGCUCACUUUGAUGUUAAUGUGUAAAUAUUGACUGUAGCCUAUAAAAGGUAUUUAAGUUGUUCUUCCAGUGGAGCCAUUUUUAAAUAAUAAUAAUAAUUAUGUGUUUUUUAAGCCCUAGACCACUGUCGGGCACUUUAUGAAAAUGUGAGGAAGGGGUCUGCGGAAGGAAAAACAACAUUGUCAGAGGCAGUGAAGAUAUUUAGCAACAUAAUAGCUUCAUAGAAGUGUUGUUAUCCUUCAUAUUUCUUGUAAAGCAUUUCAGUUCCUGUUCACUGUGUUUUUGUACAUAACAUUCAUGAAUGUGAUUUGAUGUGAUUUCUGCCUAACAGCUUUCUCCUUUGUAUUUAUUUAUAUUAAAUAAAACCUCUAGACAGCUGUUGUAGAGGAGAUUUUGUAUGAAGUAUAUUCUAAUCUCUUAUCUGUGUUUGUGGUUCUCAGUGUAAAAUAAAAAAAAAUCCCUGAAAAUGAA